AAUUUAAUUGCGAUCCAGAGGUGGAAGAACUGACGAAGCAGCCUCCUCCUAUAUCGCCGAUCUCGAUCGCCAGGCGGAGUUUCUGACCACAACCUUGAGCAUUUGGAAGGCUGAAGCUGGGUAGAUGGCUUGAGAUAUCUUUUGUAAAAAAAAAUGAGAAAAGUUACAAGCCGAUUCCAGAAACUAUCUUAGCACAACAGUACUUCUCGUGGCUCCCAAUUUUUCCAGGUUUCUUCAAGUUCAUUCAGCCCCACCAUGUCGAACAUGGAUGCCAAUGAACAUGAGAAUCAAAAUGAGGAAAAUGGCAUGCCAUCAGCCCAACAGGAGGAAGAAGCAAUCAAGAAGAAAUAUGGAAGAAUGGUACCCAAAAAACCACCACUGAUAUCCAAGGCAAGUCUUGAAGUGGAAGUGGAAGUUUCACUUCAGUUCUAUAGACAGUUUAUUUUCCUUGAAUAUUCAUUCCACAACCAACACUAUCGAAUUCUUAUGCAGGAUCAUGAACGUGCAUACUUUGAUUCUGCAGAUUGGGCUUUAGGGAAGCAAGAUGGGCAUGCUCAGAAACCGAAGGGACCUCUUGAAGCACUUCGUCCAAAGCUGCAGCCCACACCUCAGCAGCAAGUUCGUUCACGCCGCUCAGUGUAUGCAUCUGCUGACAAUGAAGAUGGGGGAAAUGGUGCUUCUGAGGAAAUGAACGACAAUAACAACUAUGAUCAGUAAUGGCAUCAUCAGCAGUUUUAGUUCUUUUAUAAACCAUUCAGAGUUAUUUAUUAGAUCUAGAUCCCAUGAGUAAGAAUGCCUUUUCAUUGGAUUUUUGCUUUCAAUGAAAGUAAGAUUUAUCCAACUUUGUUUCUUAAGCAUACCGUGAUGUAGGAACGAUAGCCUAAAGUGCCAAUGCCCACAAACCAUGUUCUAGUUUUCGAGAUAAUAUUCUCACAUUGAUCUUU